AUGGCCAUCAGGUCAAGGGAAAUUUGUAAUUGGUCGAAACCCUCACCCCACCAGGUCAUCCUCAUUUAUAAAUACCUGAAAAUUGGGAAAAAUUUUCUCAUAUUGUGUUCAAAUACCGGAGCGUCAACUAUGAAGAGUUCUUUCUGUGACUAGUGUUUGGCCUUGAGUGUUAUUUUGGAAUAUAAAGUUUUAAUAGAGUGAUUACGGAAGAUGUUAUCAACGCCGACGAGAAUGAACGUCUUCCUUCAGCGAAUGUUGAGGAAGAAUGACGACGAGUGCGAAACCGAAAUAAUAAUGGAAACUAAUCACCAACAAGUCGAGUACUCGCCGCGCAGUAAGUCCAAAUGGAUGCGGAAGUUCGGUGCGUCACCAAGCAAAAACAAGAGCUUCACCACGCAAUCGACUACCCCCACGGUGCACCGUACCGACCCCAUGCCUAUAAAACGCGCCACGACAUUACCAACCCCCCAGGAGGCCGAGGAUUUGGGAAAAAUUAUCCAUGAGUUUGAGAUAAACUACCUGUCACCAACGAAACAGAUCACGCAGCAGGAGGCCGAGAGCACCGGCAAGUUUGUUAAAAAAAUGGUUGCGGCAUUUGAGCAGAAGUACAAGAGCUUCAAGAACCCUGAGAAUGAAACCGACGAAAACCGCUGGAAACGCCGCAGCCUGCCAACAGUGUCCGAGCGUCAUCAGGAGGCCCGCAACAACUUCUUCAACGAGACGUACCUCAUCAAGCCCUUGGAUGACUCGUACGUGCAGAGCCUCCACGAAGACGACUUAAACGUCUCCUACAACGCCUUGGACGAGACGGUGGAGCUCAGCAGGAGCUCCUUCACGUCGAUAGACGUCAGCAGAACGUCCUUCUCGAUGGAGAAUGAGCUAUCGAGCACUCCAAUGAAGAUCCAGGCGAACCCCCCGAGGCCCCGGAUCACCAGCCCCCCAGAUCCUCCCUCCCCCGACGAGCGCACCCCGAAGAUCGUCGGGGCCUUCCUGAAGAAGCCCAUCGAGGUCGAGGACACCUCCAUCGACUGGAUCCCCAUAACCGGCAAGAAGCUUCCCCGCAAGCACUCCUUCAAGAAGCUCCUGUCAAUCCUAACCGGUCGCAAGUUCUCGAACAAAGGUAGCAAGCUCUUCUGCUCGCAAUCCCAGACGAAUCUCCCGGAGGAGACCUCCAAGGAGCACCACGACUCCGGCUACGACGAGAAGUCCUCCUCCACCUCGUCCCUAACAUCGCUCGCCUCCUUCACCGACAUCCUUCAGCACCAGGAGACCUACGUCCCAGACGCCGACAAGCGCACUGUCUCCACAUUUCAGGCCCCGAAGGAGACGGAGAACAGUCUAAAGACCGUGGAAGACGACAUCUACUCAGACACGCUGAGUGUCACCUCCAAAAAGCUCGUCUUCGAGGAGAUCCCGAGGUCCGAGGUGCGUCUCUCCCUCGGGCCCAGCUUCCCUCUCAAAGCCACGAUAAUGCGCCAAGCGAGUGGUUCGAGCAUUGCUUCGGGCGACAUCAACGACUUCCAUUUGGACAGCGACAACGACACGCCUGUCGCUUCACCACUCCCCAAGCAUCCUUACGUCUCCUCCAAGGACAACCUCGACGACUCCGCCGGACUGUCCUCCGAGGACGUCACCCAAGUCGAGCUUCGGAAUCACUCGUGGAAGUUCAUAGAUGACACGCUGUACGACACACCUAGAAGCUAUCUCUCAAGGUCGGAGCCCGGACUCUACAACUCACCGCGGAGGAGCAGCAAUUGGUCCUUCGAGGCGCAUGUCUAUGACAUUCCCACUGUCAAGGUCCCCCCGAGACCCAAGUCCAGUGUUUAUGAGGACGCACUUUCGUUGAAGAGGAGGAACGCUUACGUGGGGGGUGCAGCGGUCACUUCUGUGCGAUCGGAGUUCUACGCUUUUCAGCAGGAGGAGGAGCCGCACUACGCGACGGUGAAGCCGAGGAACAUAAAGAUACUACCGAGCAGGGAUUUGCUGAGGUCCAUGGGCGAUAUAUCGCCGAAUUGCCGGGGAGGAACGCCCCAAUAUCGCGCUUUUAAUCGGCUCGCGGGGUUCUAGGGGGCUGGAGGCGAGUGACGUGAACUAAACGUGAAAAAUCGUUUUUGGAUUUUUGUUUUUGGCGAAUAUCUCGGGAUCCGACGGAGAUAGAUAUAUUUUCAAUAGAACCUUUUUUGUAGAGAAGAAAGAGAUCUACAGAAAAGAUUUAUACGAAAAUUUUGCUAUCUCCCCUGGAUUCUGAGAUAUUCAGCAAAUGGUGUUGGCCAGAAAUUAUUUUUCGUGUGAAUCGGGACGAACAUCUCGGAAUUGUCGAGCCACGCGACAAGUUCUUAGAGCUUUACAAAGUACUUUCGUGAGAGAGGGAAGAGGUACUAGUCUUUCGUAUUUGGAGGGUCAAAUACUCGAAGUUGAACUGAUGUAUCCAGGGGGAAAAUUCAUGUCACUUGUUAAUGGAGGAGGUUCGACCGCAUUGAUUUCCCGGAUUUAAACUCAAUUUGGGGGCUUUUUGGGGUGUCUGUAAAGUGACAGUUCACCAAAGAGAAUGUUCAACUAUUCGUGAGACUUAUUUUUCGGAUUUUCUCACGUCUCGCGUCUCCGGUAUUUGCACACGCGAAUAGCUGACGAGAGCGCACCGUUGAUUUUCGGGAAGAGUUUGAUCCUGUGGAUUCAAAGCGAGUUUUUAAUGUUAAGAGUGUAAUUUUAAAUACUUGAAAGCCUCAGCACGACUAUUUGCUGCAAUCAAAGACAUCGUUUCGUUUUUCUAUUGAAAAAUGUAAUAGAUGGAGUGAUUUAACGAUAAAAAUGAGAGAUAUUUCUCAGGACGAGCUGCAUUUCGAUAUAUUUCCUGCGAUAGAAAUGAUAAUUUGAGAAUUAACUGGUUAAUAUUUUUUGGAAACCGUCUGCGUUGAGACAGACGUGGAAAUUCCAGAAUUUGCGGGAUUCAUUUAAGCCCUUGAAAUCAUCAAGUUCGUGAGAACUGGGCGAAUUUUUUUAAGCGCAAGCCGAGUUAAUCCUCAUUUGUAUUCGAUGAAGGAUGAUUUCGUGACGAUACGAUAUUAAAUAUUGUACAUAUCAACGUGAAAUGUUACUCUUAACGGUUUUGAUUAAUUACUUGCUAAGUGCGUGAUAGAAAAAUAGAAAUUGGAUCCAAUUUUAUACGCUGAAUGCAUGAUUUUUACAUUGCUACUUAAAAGUACUAUCAUUAUGUCAAUUUACGUUUUCACCGGGGAAUUUGAAGAAAGUGGGAACAUUUUUUAACGAUUGUGAAAAAAUAUUGUGUACUGUAGCAUGUAAAGAAGAAUUAUUAAUAAAAUUUACACGUGUAAAUAUGAAAA